AUGAAUCUUUUCUUGAAGUAUUUGCUAGAAGAGUUUGACAUCUUGUGUACACAUCCGAUGUUUGGUCCAGAGAGUGGAAAAGAUUCGUGGGUUGGUCUUCCUUUUGUGUAUGACAAAGUUAGAAUUGGAGAUGACGAGGAAAGAUUGAGUCGAGUCGAGAGGUUUCUUGACAUUUUUGCUAAAGAAGGUCGCAGAAUGGUGAAGAUGAGUUGUAUUGAACAUGAUAAGUACGCUGCAGGGUCAAAGUUUGUGACACAUACAAUGGGGAGAGUGUUGGAGAGGUUUGGAGUUGAGUCAUCGCCAGUUAACACAAAAGUGUAUGAGGCAUUGUUGAAUUUGGUGAAGAAUACGAAAGGAGAUGUCCUUGAUUUGUAUUAUGGGUUGUUUAUGUAUAACCAGAAUUUGUUGGAGCAAUUGGAGAGGUUGGAUAUGGCCUUUGAGUCUAUUAAGAAGGAUUUGUUUGGGCGGCUGCUUCAGGUUUAUAGAAAGCAGUUGUUUCUGAAUUGUAAGGAAGAGGAUGGAUUUUUGUCGACAAUGAAGUAG